AUGCUCGUGCGCGUCGACGACCUCGAGCUGCGGUCGCGCGCGCCGGAGUACAACCCGCGGCUCCAGGGCUUCUGCCUCGACUUCUUCGGCCGCGCGCGCCUCGCGUCCGUGCGCAACUUCCAGCUCGUCGACGGCAACGCCCCGCCCGUGCCCAACGACCCGGACGCCGAAGCCAAGUGCAAGCUCCUCUUCGGCCGCUGGUCCGACGACGAGUUCCACCUCGACGUCAAGCACCCGUUCUCGCCCGCGGACGCGUUCGCCGUCGCCGUCUCCUCCUUCGCGACGAAGCUCGCGACGAUCUGA